AUGUUUUCCUCCAACACUGAAGGACCACGUCGGGGACGAUCCUUUGACUCAAUUAACAAACAAUACGAGGAGAAACAGCUUAAAUAUGAGGUGACUAAAUCUACAUUUAACCAGACUGACGUGAACCAAGACGACACCCUGUCCUCCAACAGAGAGCACGCAGCGAUUGUCUUUUCUCUGAAGAAUGAAGUUGGUAACCUUGUGAAGGCACUGAAACCUUUCCAGGAAAACCACAUCAACCUUUUGCACAUUGAGUCCAGAAGGUCCGAGCGGAGAAGCUCUGAGCUGGAAGUGCUGAUCGACUGCCACAGUGAGCGAGAGACUCUGAAUGAAAUCAUACAGCUUCUGAGAAAACAAACCAACAUCAUAAAAAUGGACUCACCUGGCAUUCACACCCCUGAAAAUGAGAUACCAGAAGAGCCCUGGUUUCCCAAGAAGAUCUCAGAUCUUGACCAGUCUGCCAACCAUGUUCUGAUGUACGGCUCGGACCUGGAUGCUGAUCAUCCUGGAUUCAAAGACAACGUCUACCGUGAAAGGAGAAAGUACUUUGCUGACAUUGCAAUGAACUUCAAACAUGGAGAUCCAAUCCCGCGUGUGGAGUUCACAGAAGAAGAGGUGAGGACGUGGGGAGUGGUGUUCAAGGAGCUGAAUAAGCUCUACCCUACACACGCCUGUACGGAGUACCUGCGCAACAUGCCUCUGCUCUGCCAGCACUGUGGGUACAGAGAGGACAACAUCCCUCAGCUGGAGGACGUGUCCUCCUUCCUCAGGGAGCGGACAGGUUUCACCAUCCGGCCAGUCGCUGGCUAUCUGUCCCCACGAGAUUUCCUGGCAGGUUUGGCCUUCCGUGUUUUCCACUGCACUCAGUAUGUUCGUCACAGCUCCGACCCCCUGUACACACCUGAGCCGGACACAUGUCAUGAGCUGCUGGGUCAUGUGCCCUUGUUGGCAGAGCCCAGUUUUGCUCAGUUCUCGCAGGAGUUGGGUCUGGCUUCACUCGGUGCUUCUGAUGAUGCAGUGCAAAAACUGGCAACCUGCUACUUCUUCACGGUGGAGUUUGGUCUGUGUAAGCAGGACGGCCAGCUCAGAGCGUACGGAGCCGGUCUACUGUCGUCUAUCAGUGAACUUCAGCAUGCCCUUUCUGGCAAUGCCAAAAUCCUGCCAUUUGAACCCAAAAUGACGUGCAGACAGGAGUGUCUGAUUACCACCUUUCAGGAGGUCUACUUUAUGUCCGAGAGCUUUGAGGAGGCCAAAGUUAGAAUGAGGGAAUUCGCCAAGACAAUCAAGCGGUCAUUCACAGUGCGCUACAACCCAUACACACAGAGUGUGUGUGUUCUGAGGGACAUGCCCAGCAUCAACGACGUGGUCGAGGAGCUCCGACACGAGCUGGACAUCGUAGGGGAUGCACUUCAAAGACUUAACAAACACAUGGGUGUUUAACAUUAUCGAAUACUUUUGGCAUAAAGACUGCAGUCCUGGCAAGCUGCAGAGAUUAGUGUGCUCUUAUCUAAUUCGGUUUAUAGACGGUUUGAUAAAAAGAUAAUACAUUGAAUUACUAAAAAAAUAGAGAAAAACACUCAUUUCUGCAGUUUUGUAGAUCUGUAAUCAAACACGUGAGGGUGAACCCUUUACAAUACCUGGGUUCCUGCAUUCUGCAUAACUGGAAUACAGACAUUCUGCGUAUAUAAUAAAACACAAACAUCUGUACUUUUCAUAUUUUUAUUGAACAUGGUAAAUAAUCCAUUAAUCAAACAGCUCUCCUCAGCUAAUUCCACAAUACUACAAAUUGGGUUAAGAGUUACAUUCCAGAUUAUUCAUUUCAAACCACAGUUAUUUUUAAAAACACUCUGUUGUUAAUGUAUUAUACUGUACACAUCUGUAACUGCUGCCAAAGAGGCUUAUACAAAGCAUUCACUGUGUAUUCAGCAAUCAGACUGGUAAGUGUAAUGUCCUGUAAUAGAUUGGCACACUGUCCAGGGUGUAGUCCAGCCUUGCACCAAUAUUAGAUUUAUUUAUUCUUGAGUGGCAUUGAAAAGUCAUGACACUUACUAUAAAAAAGCUGUUGGUGAAAAAUAAAUUAUUAAACAAAUGCUUUAUUAUAAAUAUGUUUGGCACCAUUUAAGGGAGAGCUAUGCUGUAAAAGUAAAUAUAUAAAUUAUUGCAGAAUAUUACUGCAGAAUGGACAAGAAAGGCUAUUGAAUUUAUAUAGUUCAUGUUAACAUAAUAUUCAUUCAUACAGUGAGUAAAGUAGGGUGUAAAAUUGAUCAAAUGUCCAUAGUGUAGUGUUUAUUGCUUUUCAAAUAACAUGUGCAAAGCUGAAAUGUGUGCAAAAAAUAAAUGUGUCUAGUCUUAAAUGUGUAAGAUAAAAUCAUGUUCAAUUUAGUUGCAGAACAGUAGGAUGUUUAGCAGGUGUUUGACGGUUGUACUUAAAGCAUCAUACCAAACAUUAUCAUAAAAUAAAAGCACUUAUUAUUC